AUGGCCCCCGACAGACCCGACAGCGAAGGUCUCAUCCCCGUUGAGAACCCUCAAUCCAGCCCACAGCCCGUCUCUCCGGCCUCCCAACCUGCCCAUCCUCCUCUGGGAACUCCCAGUCCUCUCAGCCCUGAGCCCACCGGCAUCAACCCCGGGUCUCCCUCAGCUCCCUCAGCUCCCUCAGCUCCCUCAGCUCCCUCAGCCCCCUCACAACAGACAGGCUUUCCGCUGCCAAGCUAUGAGACGUCGCGACAAGAAUAUGAAGCGCCUAUUCCCGUCGAAUCAGAAUCACCCCCUGCGGCUCCCACCAAAGCUUACGAGGGCCAGCCUGUCGAUCAGAUCCAAGGGCCCUACCCCGGUCAAGUGCCCGGGGGCCAUCCCACCGAUACGAAGGAGUAUGCUGGCCAGCCGGGCCCCCAGCCGAUGCACUGGGCACCUUAUGGCCACCCAAGUGGAUAUGCGACCGCGGUCCCCUUGCACGCCCUUCAGUCGGCGCCCUGCCCGGUGGACUGCCCCGCUUGUGGGCGCCGAGAGAUGACUCGGGUGGAGCCAGUGUCCGGCAUGACUACACAUGGCUGGGCUGCCAUCCUAUGCUGCUGUUGCUGCCUCGGAUGUAUCCCUUACUUGAUGUCUUCGCUCAAGGAUGUGGACCAUUUCUGUGGACAUUGUGGUGUCAAGCUUGUCUGCUGGCAUAAUAGUGGGCGUAUUGAUGUCUUCCAAAAUGCAGGGCGUAUGCCUGGAAAUCCGGCGCCACAGGUUCCCCAGAACGGGCCCCAGGCCCCGCCAAAUGCGCAAACGAAGCAGCAGUAG